AUGGACAUGGAGACAGUCUCACAGAUCUUGAUGGGACAUCAACAACCGUCCUGGGACAUUUUCAACGCCACUAGCGCCGCCGCAGGACCCCUUCGCUUCCUAGCUGCCCUGGAUCAGAACGACGGAUCCUUAGUCUUGCCCCUCUUGAUCCUCCUCCCCUUCCUCGUCGUCUCGCUUUUCCGCCACUACACCAACUCACCUGUCAUCCUGACCUACAACGACGACCCUACAUCGAUCCGCCUCUUCAACCAACGGACAGGCAAGGAACAGACCGAGAACCUGAUCGAUUACAUCCUCAAGAAAUGCCCCUCGCUCUCGGACCCUGCCAAAGGAGCUACAUUCAAGCCCUCGAUGUGGAUGACUAGUGGACAUCUUCAGACUGCCUAUGCUGCCUACCGUGACUUUAACAGUAUCUACAAGAUUCCUUAUGAACGUGAAUUGCUUUCAACUCCAGAUGGAGGAACUGUCUCGGUCGAUUGGGCCCCCUCGGUCAAGACCAUGCCUGCUGAUGACACCCCUACACUCGUCCUCCUUCACGGACUCACUGGUGGAAGCCACGAGUCCUACAUCCGCGCAUUGGUCGAGACCAUGACCAAGGAUCAUGGUUACCGCUGUGUUGUCUUCAAUGCUCGUGCUUGCGCCAACACCGAGCUGACCUCUGCCCAGUUGUACAGUGGUAACUGGACUCAUGAUCUCCGCAUGGUUGUCAAGCAUAUCCGCAAGACUCUGCCAGAGUCCAAGUUGAUGAGCGUCGGCUUCAGUUUGGGUGCCAACAUCUUGAUGAACUACAUGGGUGAGGAGGGUGAUCAGUGCGAGUUCUUGGGUGCCAUGUCUGUUGGCAACCCUUUUGACAUUCUGGGGUCAUCCUUGGCAUUGGGACGUGGAUGGCUUGGAAGCAAGAUCUACGCGCCUGCCAUGGGCGGAAACUUGAGAAGGAUCUUCAUGAAGCACGCCAAGUGGUUUGAGAACUCGGAUAUCGUGGAUAUCGAUCUUGUCCUUCGUGGAAAUUGCAUCCGCGACUUUGAUGAGGCUGUCACUCGCCGACUCUUCAAGUACAGGACUGUCAACGAAUACUACCGCAUGGCCUCUUCCUCCCAACGUAUCCUCGACAUCAAGCGCCCCUUCCUCUGUCUGAACGCUUUGGAUGAUCCUAUUGCCGUGUCGGAAUGCUUGCCUCGGGAUGAGAUCAAGAACAACCCAUUUGGACUGUUGGCUACGACUGCACGCGGAGGACAUUUGGGUUGGUUUGAGGGAUUCUUUAGCCAGAGGAGAUGGUGCACCAAGCCCUUAGUUGAGUUCUGUAUUGCCAUAUUUGAGGCCGACCGUAGAUCUGUUUCCCGUACCCCUUCGAACAAGCCCAAGGUUGUUGCUGAUGUGUCGAUUACUGAGGACAAGAAGAAUCAGCAGGACGAUAACAGCGGAAACCUUGAGAGCCAUAUUGUUCGGAACGUCAAGACUUUGGAGCAUAUGGACCAGGGUGGCGCUACAACCAUGCCCCUGAGGAACAAGAUGGCGGCUGAGCAACAUACCCAGAAGGCGAGCCACAGCCAGCCACAUGUCGACCGUCAGGCGACCGAGAGACGUGACAAGAAGAACAGUCUCGCCAUCCGUCCUUUUUCCCGCAAGUCCUUCUGGGCCACUCUCUUGCCCCUCAUCGUCUACUACAUCAUGAAGCGUCGAUAG